UUUCAAGAUUGAGAUUUAAGUUUUCGGCCGAUGAUGUCGGUCACGAUGUCGACGAAGGUGUUCUUAAACUUCUAUAACACAAACGCUGCUUGGGUGAUAAAAUCAUUGUCGAAGCCACAUAGUUAUGUUCAAAGUGCAGCAUAUAUGAAGAUAAAGGUAGCACCAAAUUAUGACGAUAUUGAAAUUCCUGAGAAGAAAAAGUUGAGAAUGAUGGAUAAGGUUCCUCCACCCGUGUUACACACAGCGAGUAACCUGGCUGUACAGCAGAGGAGUGAGGCCAAAUACUGCCGGGGACCGGAGCCGAUCCACAACAAGCUGAACUACGGACAAUACGGAGUACAGGCUCUAGAUGGAGGAUACCUGAGUCAUAAACACAUGGAUGCCUGGAGACUGUACAUCAAUAGUAAAUUAACAAAUGUAAUGUUUGCUGAAUGGCGUAUAGAACCGCCAUGGAAACCUGUAACAAAAAAGGGAACUGGAAAACGUAUGGGAAAAGGGAAAAGCUCCAUUUCCCAUUAUGUUACUCCUGUGAAAGCUGGAAGGAUUCUUCUGGAAGUGGGUGGAGAAAUUGAAUAUAAACAAGUUUACAAAAUGUUACGCCAUGUGGCUGCUCAGUGUCCUUUUGAUGCACGAAUUAUCAGUGCUGAAAUUCUACAGAAAGAAGCGGAGCAAAAGAACUGGAUUGCAACAAAUAAUCUAAACCCAUUUUCAUUCAGAUAUUGUGCAAGAAACAAUUUUCUUGGAAUUAAAAAAGACCUCAGUCCAUAUGAUUUAAAAUGGUCUGGUAAAUAUUGAAUAGAUUACAAACUAAUAAAUCUGUUUUACCAGUAUCAAUUCCAGGUCUUUUAUUUAUUUUCUCAUGAAACAUUGCAGUGUUGUAGUUUAUUCAGUUUGUACUAUACCUUUCUAUGGUAAAUUAAACAUUGAUCAAAUGUACCAAAA